AUGUUCUUUUCUUGCUUAUUAUCGAUCAGUGUGGCACAGUCACACCAAGAAUCAAUUUCAUUCUAUUAUCUAUCUAUUCAUCUAUCUAUCUAUCUAUCUAUCUAUCUAUCUAUCUAUCUCGAUCUUUUCACAUCUAUCUAUCUAUCUCGAUCUUUUCAUAUGUAUCUAUAUCUAUCUAUAUCGAUCUUUUCACAUCUAUCUAUCUGUCUAUCUAUCUCGAUUUUUCAUAUCUAUCUAUGUUUUAUAUCUAUCUCGAUCUUUUCAUAUCUAUCUAUGUUUUAUAUCUAUCUUGAUCUUUUCACAACUAUCUAUCUGUCUAUCUAUCUCCAUCUUUUCAUAUCUAUCUAUCUCUUUUCAUAUUUAUCUAUCACGAACUUUUCAUAUCUACCUAUCUAUCUCGAUCUUUUCAUAACUAUCUAUCGAUCUUUUCAUAUCUAUCUAUCUAUCUAUCUUUUAUAUCUAUCUCGACCAUUUCAUAUCUAUCUAUCUCGAUCAUUUCAUAUCUACCUAUCUCUAUCUUUUCAUAUCUAUUUUUCUAUCUCCAUCUUUUCACAAAUAUCUAUUCUAAUCUCUAAUUAUCACACGCAUUCGAUAAUUCAUUUACUAUAUUUACAUUACCGACUAAAAUGUGUUCCUUUACUUUCGAUGAAAAGCAUCGAAUAG